CAUUAUUAUCAACAAUAUUAUCAACACUUGGUUCCUCACAUACGAGUACGAGCACCGUACCGUACGAAACAGAGACCACCAACAGAUCAGAUACACUGCUUCCCGUGGAUGUAGCCAAAGGGAACCUUCGGAUCUGUUUGCUUCGUAUCGCUUCGUAUCGCUUCGACACUGCGCCCGCGACAAUGCUCUCCGACCCGCACCACGGCGACAACAGCAGGCCCCUUCGCCGCCCCGGCACCGUUGCGACGGCGUUCCGGACGCUUCUGCUGGUGGCGCUGGCGUUGGCGGGCAUCGGGGCAUCUAGCGCGUUUGUGGCCCGGGGGCUCCCCGCCCGGACAAUCCCGGCCGCGGCUGCCGUUGGACGGGGGAUGGGCCCGCUUUGCAACAGCAACAACAACAACAACAACAACAACAACGACCGAGGCAACGCCGAUUCGGACCUGCUGGAAAAGGCCCGCAGGCUCCGGGAAGAAGCGAGCCUGCUGGAAGACGACCUGAGGGCAAGCAGUGGCGGCAGCAACAGAAGCAAGAGCAACCCCACGACGGCGUCCCCCGAGCGGCCGGUCGCCCCCGUCACCAGCAUCGAGGGAUCGGUUUGGACCGUCUCGUACCGGUUUUCGUGCCAGCCCCCUCCCCGAGAAAGCGAGGAGAACGACCCGAACGGCCGCGGGGCCGCGGGCGCGAAGCCGCGGAUCUUUUACUCCGGCAAGCUCGAUCUCCUCCUGAGAGAGGACGGGUAUUCCGUGCCGAUCGAACCGGACGGGAGGGCCGGGGUUCCCGCGGGCAGCAGCAGCAGCAGCGGCAUGGAGAUCACCAAGGUGUGGGGGUGGGACCGCGAGACCUCCCCCGAGGACGGCCUGGAGUACCUCCUGUUCAGCAUGGACGUGGGCUUCGACGGGUCCGAUCCGGACGCCCCCCCCCCACCCUCGACCGACCGGUACUACCUGCAGGCCCGGAUCGAGACCGACGCGGGGGGGGGCAUCUCGCUCAAGGAAGGGACCAUUACGGUGAAGAAGGACGUGGCGGAGAAGACGGGUGGCAUGUGGGGGCUCUUUCGCGUCGCCGGCAUCCUGACCGAGUUUCGGUACUGCGGGGAUUUCGCGGCCCGGCCCGCGGCCCGAUAGGCGGUUUGGGUUCUCCCGCUGCCGGGUCCGAACGCGGCAUUGCAGAGUGCCAACGGCCCCCCAUGGCCCAACCAGAGACCUGGUCGGAAGCGCGCUAUAAACUCAAAGGAACAAC